GGAAUCAGUGAUGGGCCUUCUGUUAGUGCAUUAACCAAUGGAUUUGACACUCCAGAAGAAAGGUACCAGAAACUUAAGAAGCAUUCCAUGGACUUUUUGCUUUUUCAGUUUGGCCUUUGCACUUUUAAAUACGAUCACACAGAAGAAAAGUAUAUAAUGAAGUCAUUCAAUUUCUAUAUUUUUCCAAAACCCUUUAACAGAAGUUCACCUGAUGUCAAGUUUGUCUGUCAGAGUUCAAGCAUAGAUUUUUUAGCAAACCAAGGAUUUGAUUUUAAUAAGGUUUUUCGCAACGGAAUUCCAUAUUUAAACCAGGAAGAAGAAAGGCAGCUGAGGGAACAGUACGAUGAGAAACGUUCUCAAGCCAAUGGUGCAGGAUCUCUGUCAUUCAUGUCUCCCAAUUCCACCAAGUGUCCUGUAACAAUUCCUGAAGAUCAGAAAAAAUUUAUUGAGAAAGUAGUGGAACAGAUAGAAGACUUACUAAAGAAUGAAGAAAGUGAAAGUUUGGAACUGGAGCCUUGUACAGGAUUUCAAAGGAAAUUAAUUUAUCAGACCUUGAGCUGGAAGUAUCCCAAAGGGAUCCAUGUUGAAACCCUGGAGUCAGAUAAGAAAGAGAGAUAUAUUGUUGUUAGUAAGGUAGACGAGGAGGAGCGGAAGAGAAGAGAGCAGCAGAAACAAGCAAAGGAACAGGAGGAAUUGAAUGAUGCAGUAGGAUUUUCCAGAGUUGUUCAUGCCAUUGCUAAUUCUGGCAAACUUGUUAUUGGGCACAAUAUGCUGCUGGAUGUUAUGCAUACCAUACACCAGUUCUACUGUCCUCUGCCUGAUGACCUGAGUGAGUUCAAGGAAGUGACAUCCUGUGUCUUUCCCCGGUUAUUGGAUACCAAACUGAUGGCAAGUACACAGCCUUUUAAGGAGAUCAUUAAUAAUACAUCACUAGCAGAACUGGAAAAGCGUUUGAAAGAGGUUCCAUUCAGCCCUCCUAAAGUUGAAAGUGCUGAAGGGUUUCCAAGUUAUGACACAGCUGCAGAACAGCUCCACGAAGCAGGAUAUGAUGCUUACAUCACUGGACUCUGCUUCAUCUCCAUGGCUAAUUUCCUAGGUUCAUUCCUCAGCCCCCCGAGAAACCAUGUGUCAGCUAGAUCAGAACUCAUCGAACCCUUUUUUAACAAGCUGUUUCUGAUGAGAGUGAUGGACAUUCCCUAUCUCAAUUUGGAAGGACCAGACUUGCAGCCAAAACGAGACCAUGUUCUUCAUGUUACUUUUCCCAAAGAGUGGAAGACUAGUGACCUUUACCAGCUUUUCAGUGCCUUUGGUAACAUUCAGGUUUCGUGGAUUGAUGAUACAUCAGCAUUUGUAUCCCUGAGCCAGCCAGAGCAAGUGCAGAUAGCUGUAAACACCAGCAAGUAUGCUGAAAGUUAUAAGAUCCAGACAUAUGCAGAAUAUGUUGAGAAAAAACAUGAAGACAAACAGGCAAAGAGAAAAUGUACAGAAGAUAGUUGGAAGGAGAUGGAGAGAAAGAGGUUAAAAACUCAGUGCACAUCUUAUGUUUCCCAGAGUCGAUACUACUGUGUUAACAGUUUUACAGGUACCAGCACAGUGGGAAAGAGAAGCAUGAGUCCCAUUGAGGAAGAAACUGGUUCUGAUGACAUGGAGGAAGGAGAAGGCCAAGAUCCAGAAUAUGAUCAGACAGACUCCUGUGCAGAGUCUCUUCCAGAUCGUAAGAAGAGAGCCAAAAAGUUGAAAAAGAUGAAGACAGAAGAAGUUCCAGCAGGAAGCCUCACAACUAGCUCCUCUGGAAUUUUUGAAGUCCCUGAAACAUGGUAGGAAACAACUGCCUUAACAACUGAAGUUGGUUGAAAGCAGUUGAGAGAACCCACCUCUUGGAAGCCAUACUUUAUUGAAAUAAAGUGGUGUUAACAAAGCAGUUUGUGUCCUGAAAAAUCAGUUUAAUUACUUUAAACUGUUUCUCGAACAAUCACUGUUGAUUUUACUUGUUGUGUAUAUUAACUAGUAGAAGACUCGUUGCUCCUGUGAAAUCCUUCCCUUGCUGUUGUAACUGAUGUUAGAGUUAAGCAAGACUAAAUGUCCUCGGUCACCUCCUUUGGCUGUGAGCUGUGCAGGCAGAACUGGCACUCCAUGACUUUCUGUGCUCGAGGGGAGUGAGCACACCUCUCCCAAGGUUUAGCUGUUUUCCAGGCAGUGUCACUUUGCUGUCAGCAGUCUGCACACAGGUAGAACUGCAGUUCCACACGUUGCUUUCUACCAGUUACCUUACCUGGAUAUACUGUUCUGUUUUCUCUUCUGUAUCCUCCACCCCCUGUACAGCCACUGUUCCUCUACAUACCAACUUCACACAUCCCUUACCCUUCAAAAAACUCUUACUUAAAAGUUUCUCAGACUAAUUUCCUGGUGGGAGAAAGUUUUCCUUUGUUUUCACAUCUGUUGCUGUUUUCUCUUCUAAGUCCUGAUGUGUUUCUUGCCUCCUCCUUCCCCAGCUCGUGGGGCUUUUGUAAAAUGUUUUUUGGUACCUGUGAUAAACCUGCUAACUGCACCAGCCCCUUAUUUGUUUAAAAAAAGGAUUUGCAUUGGUAGAUUUCAGAAAAUGUUUGAUAUUUAACUUUUUUGUAUCAUGGAAAUAAAACCAAAAUAUGUAUUUCCAUAAAAUGAAAAUUAAAGACAUUUUCUUAGGAA